AUGUGGCCUUCAAAGCCGGCAACAACCUUUUACCUUCGGCAAGCGGACAGUAAUCAGCUCAGGUUCAUGUCCACCGAUAAGGGGGUUCCUGAGUCGUGGUUCGAAGUGUCCACAGAUGGCGAUGGAAGGGUGAAAAUCAAGGUGUUCAACAGCUUGAGCAACAACUACCUGAGGUUCAGCGAUGCAGCCUACGGCAACUGCGUUUUUGCUGAUGGAAACUCCAACGGCUACCCACCUCCCACCUUGUUUUGGCCAGUCAAGGUCAACAAUAGUACGGUCGCUCUCAAAUGCUUGAGCAACGACAAAUUUUGCACUCGGCACACUGGUUAUAUACAAGACGGUCUGAACGUGAAUGAGACUAGUACCACCAUUUCAAACUUGUCACGCUUCAGGCUGGAAGAGCUUGUUCUCUCUAGGAGAAUAUACAAUACCGACUUCGACCUUAAGAAUGCCAUAAUCUACGGCGAGACCCCGGUCACCAUGGCCACUGCAAAUGCCACCAACAACACCUCAGUAGACAACACUGUGGAAUUCAAGUUUGCUUACACGGAAAGUAAGAGCUGCAUUUGGAGUGCCAGCCACUCGUGGAUGGUGGGCGUGAGUGCCACCGUCGACUUCAAAGUUCCGUUUAUCGGCGGUACUGAGGUCACUGUUUCCGCAGAAUAUUCCGGAUCAUACGAGUGGGGAGAGACAAUUACAUCCGAAAACACAUUGGAGACCACCUACACGGUUACAUGCAGUGCCGACACACACUUCUAUAUCUGUGAGCCUGAUGGCAACCAAGGGAAAAUGCGACAUGCCUUACUCGUAUUAUCAGCGGGACGUGCUUUAUAA